GUUCGGUACGAAUUUGCGUGCUUCAUUUAUGUGCUCGUUUGACUGAGAUGUUACUCUUACUGAUUUUUCAGCCGAAAAACUGUUAACACCAUUUAGAAUCUUAGAAAAAGAUUUCAAGGGGGUACACAUUGUAUCCAACCUACACUUCUGAUGCACAGCGGAGAAUGUAUACGUUAUUUAUUCCUGGCUUUUAAGUAUCUGAAUUCGAAUAGUAGGAGGAAUUUUAAUUAAAACUUAUUCCAGGUUGUUGGGAUCUGGCGUUUGUAAAUCAUAUUGUCCCGGCAUCUAAUUAUUUAAAACCCCUGGUGUGUGAUAUGGUAGAGGAGAUCUUCGAAUGUAGCUGCCCGUUCAUAACCUCUGCCAUGAAACUCACGGUGACUGAAUAAAGCAGUUUAUUCUCACAAAAUGAAAGUUUCGGAAACAAAGGAGGUAUUCCCUAAAAUCCUGUCUAGUACAUCCUAGUUUGGUUUCUCGAACAGAUACGCGCGUAUUUGUCAUGUAGAAAAAGACGUUAUAUGUGUAAUUUCUGUAUUUGGUGUAUUUAUGAGCAGUCGGAAUCUGCCCAUAUUUGCCAGCAGAGGUGAAGUAUGCAUUUUGCUGUCUGCCAUAUAGAUGUUAUGGUUAUGGUCUUUCAAACAGCCCUGGAACACAGUAAAGCACUGUAAAGAACAGCUGAGUUGAAUUGUACAUUAAUACUUGUCCACAAUAAGGCGUUACAUUUGGCCAAGUACUUAAGAACUCGUAGUCCUUACACGGCAUAUUCUUUGUCUGGUGGUCGGGUCAGUGUCAAAACAUAUGAUGAUACAUCAAACAGAUUCUGAAGAUAUUGUUGAAGAGAGAGUAAUCAAUGAAGAGUAUAAGAUUUGGAAAAGAAAUACACCUUUCUUAUACGAUAUGCUUAUGUCACAUUGUCUAGAAUGGCCAAGUCUAACUGCUCAAUGGUUACCAUCUGUAGAAAAGACUGGAAGAGAUUAUUCUGUUCACCGUUUAAUACUUGGGACUCACACGUCAGAUGAACAAAAUCACCUACUGAUUGUUACAGUUCAUCUACCAAAUGACCAAGCAGAAUUUGAUGCGAGUGCGUAUGAUAGUCAACGGGGUGAUUUUGGUGGAUUUUAUUUUCCAUCUGGCAAGUUGGAAAUAUCGAUGAAAAUAAAUCAUGAAGGGGAGGUUAAUCGUGCUCGGUUUAUGCCACAAAAUUCAGAUAUAAUAGCUACUAAAACACCAAGUGGAGAUGUUUUAAUAUUUAAUUAUCCAAGUCACCCUCCGAAAUCAUCAUUGGACCGAGGUUGUCAACCAGAUUUACGUCUUAAGGGUCAUCAAAAAGAAGGUUAUGGAUUGUCUUGGAAUGUAUCACUAAGUGGUCAUCUUCUUUCAGCCUCUGAUGAUCAGACAAUAUGUUUAUGGGAUAUUAAUGCAGCACCACUAGAUGGUUGUAAUCUGAAUGCUAUGGCUAUCUUUACAGGACAUCAUUCAGUUGUAGAAGAUGUUUCAUGGCAUCUUUUUCAUGGCCAUGUUUUUGGAUCGGUAGCUGAUGAUAAUAAACUUAUGAUUUGGGAUACACGUAGUUCAAAUCGUAGUAAACCACAACAUCAAGUUGAUGCGCAUACAGCUGAAGUUAACUGUCUGGCUUUCAAUCCAUUUUCUGAGUUUAUUAUUGCAACAGGCAGUGCAGACAAGACGGUCGCUCUUUGGGAUCUACGCAAUCUGCGAUUGAAACUGCAUUCUUUUGAAUCUCAUCGAGAUGAAAUAUUUCAGGUCCAAUGGUCACCACAUAAUGAAACAAUACUUGCUAGUUCAGGUACUGACCGACGUCUUCAUGUUUGGGAUUUAAGCAAAAUUGGUAUCGAUCAGACUCCUGAAGAUGCAGAUGAUGGUCCACCUGAAUUAUUAUUCAUACAUGCUGGGCAUACAGCAAAGAUUUCCGACUUUUCAUGGAAUGUUAAUGAUCCAUGGACUAUUUGUUCUGUUUCUGAGGAUAAUAUUUUACAAAUUUGGCAAAUGGCUGAAAAUAUAUAUAAUGAUGACGAAAUAGAUUUGGGCAAUAUGGAUCUUGAACAACAUCGCUAACUCAUCAUUAUAUGUGUGUGUUCACCUCUUUUCUUCUGAUUCAUUGUUUGUUUCAUAUUUUUUAUGUGUUAAAUUGUAAAAAGAGAGAGAUUUUUGAAAAAAAGGAACUGCAUUUCCACUUUCUGUGCAUUUAGUCUUCUGCGUCAUUCACAAGCAUACCUUUUUGUGUUCUUAAAGCAAGAUGCCUACAACUGUAUACAUGUGUAAAUCUUUUUGAAAAAAAUAAAUCUAUGCAAGUUACAAGUCACAUUAUGCAUGAUAAAUGAUUCCUUCG